UAACUCAAUUUGUUAUUAUAAGCUUUCAAACAAAUCAAAUUGAUUUUGAUGUAAUAUCAAUAAUAUGGUAAUUAAGAUUAAUUAUUGUUUGCUCACUAAUCCUCGUACAUCAAUCAAAACAGUCAAUUCACCAACAAACACAAUUACAAUACAAACAAAAUUCAUCUUAAUAAAGCCAAGCUUCAAAUAAUAUCCCUAGCUUAUGUAUAGUAAUUAAUUCGACUUAUAUUAUAUUAAGUUUGGUCCGCUAAUAUUAUCCUUGUUCACUAAUGUACUAACUUCAAUUGUUAGUAACUUACCUUUUAAGCACUUGUUUCCCUUUCAUUUUCCCCUUCAACACCAACUUUCUCUCUCUAAAACCCCACCCUCCAUACCUUGAGCAUGCCUGAAUGUCCAGAGAAAGGGAGAGAUUUGAUGAGAUAGGCAAGAAGAUCAAGAGAGAUAACGAUGCGAUUUCAAGAGGAGGAGGAGGAAGGCGGCAUUUUCAAUUAGGUCCUCCCGGAACACUUAAUACGAUCACCCCUUGCGCCGCGUGUAAGCUCUUGAGGAGAAGAUGUGCUCAGGAAUGCCCCUUUUCACCUUACUUCUCACCUCAUGAACCUCAAAAAUUUGCCUCAGUUCACAAAGUUUUUGGUGCUAGCAAUGUUUCUAAGAUGCUCAUGGAAGUACCAGAGAGUCAAAGAGCGGACGCAGCAAACAGUUUGGUGUACGAAGCAAAUGUGAGACUUAGAGAUCCAGUUUAUGGUUGCAUGGGUGCUAUUUCAGCGUUACAACAACAAGUUCAGCUUUUACAAGCUGAACUUAAUGCAGUAAGAGCUGAGAUUCUUAAAUACAAGUUUAGAGAUACUAAUAACAAUCAUAAUCAUAACAAUAAUAAUAUUAGUACUUCUACUAAUAACAUUAAUAAUAAUCCUUCACCCUCUCCUCAUGAUCUUUCUUUCUUUUCUUCCGGUGCCCCGGUGUCGGUUUCUAUAGCCGUGCCACCACCACUAACAACAGCUAUUCCACCCCCUUCGCCGCCUCCUCUUCAUAGUAUUCCACCCGAUUCUUCGAUUUCUUCUUCCAUGUAUGCACACGAACCAUCAUCAUCAUCUAAUCCUGAUCAUGAUCAUUUUAGCUCCAUUUCUAAUGAAAACAUUUCCUACUUUGGUUAAACAUAGAUCUUAAGGUAACCAAGAUUGAUAAUUUCAUUAUUAUUAAUUAAUUAUUAAUUAUAAUGUAAUAAGAUGAGGAUUAUAUAAUCCAGAUUCUAGCUUUAAGUUUCUUCAUUGGAAAUUGGAGCUUAAUUUGUUUAUUUAGAGUGGAAUUGAUGUAAAAAGCCCUUAGUGUGGUAAAAUUAUUCUUCCUCAUAGAGAUAUUUAUGGUUGAGGAAUAAUUAUUUCUUUUUGCAUAAUUUGUAUGUCAGAGAUUGAUACAAACAUUAAAUUUAAUUAUGAAAGUUCCACUCUUUUAAUA